CUUAAACUAGCUUCCCGGUAUCUUCAGUUGAUCCGGUUUCAUCAGAAUCUCUACCGGAUUAACCAAAAACAUUCAUCUGAGUACGAGAGAGGAAACGAAUCGAUUUCUGCACCAAGCAGAUCUAAGAUGAUGUUUCUAAAUUCGUUUCAGCCAAAAAUCAUUCUAGAUGAUGAUGAUGAUCAUUGGGGUUCUUUCUUAAGCAAUCACUGUCCCAGGGUACGUCUCUCAAAUCACAACCAAGUAAUUUUGGGGAAAUUUCCUUACUUAGAGCUGGUUUCCAGCUCCGUCAUUAAUUAUUAAGUUAUGACAACGAAGCUACCACCCAUCCGAUUUUCCUGGAUGCGUGAUGGAACCACCAGCACCACUCUGACACUGGCAGAGAUGAGGAAUAUGUCACUGAAAAGAAGAGAUUGUGGAGGUGAUACAACAAAUACACCGGCAGCUGUGAUGGAGAUGACAGAGAAGAAAAGAGCAUGUAUGAGAAAAGAUUGUGAAGGUGAUACGUCAACAGCAAUGGAGACAUCUAGAAGGAAAGAUUGUGAAGCUGAUACGUCAACAACAAUGGAGACAUCUAGAAGAAAAGAUUGUGGAGUUACCAUUAGAGACCACCCAUCCAAUUUUCCUGGCUUCGUGAUAGAAACAACACCACCACUCUGACACUGGCGGAGAUGAGGAAUAUGUCACUGAAAAGAAAAGAUUGUGGAGGUGAUACGUCGACAGCAAUGGAGACGUGUAGAAGAAAAGAUUGUGGAGGUGAUCCUACAACAGAUACGAAGACGUCGAAAGUGAUGGAGAUGAAGAAGAAAAGAGCAUAUAGAAGAAAGAAGUACCUUCCUCAUGAUUUAAUUAUGCAACAAAUAUUAACCAAGCUUCCAGUCCCGGCGCUGCUAAAGUCUGUUCUGGUAUCCAAACUCUGGUAUAACUCAAUUCAUAUUGAUCGUAAACGCUUUACUCAUUCUCACUUCCUUCAGUCAAAGAAGCAUCCUCGUGUUAUCUUUAGUCUUUUAGAUGUCAGGGAUGGGGAUACUGAAAACACGGGCGAGGCUGUUUAUGGGUGUCACUUUUUCAAAUUUACUAAUGGAUUAUACGGUACGGAAAAUCCUCUUAAAUUUGACAUGUUUCGAGUUUAUCACACUCAUAGCGGUAUAUCAGAGCUGGUUGGUUACUGUAAUGGUCUACCUUGUAUGGCGAUUGUGGGUGACUACUCAACUGGUUACCUAGUUUCUGACCCAAACAGAAAAGACUAUCUCUAUAUCUUUUAUCCAGCCGGCGUCGGGAAACACAUCUCCGAGUCCCGCAUCAUCUGUCACGGAUUCGGGUUCGAUCCCUCAGCAAACGAGUACAAGGUUGUAAGUGUCUUUUGUACUCCUCAAAAGGAGCUUAACUUCGUGGUGUUUACAUUGGGAACUAAAUCAUGGAGAGAUGUCACUGCAACAACCAUGCCUAUAUCAGGGGAUGGCGGUCGUUCUAUUACAAAGAUAAGAGCUCCCACUGGUAGUGACAAAUCAGCCAUCUUCUGCACUAGUAGUAGCAGCAACAGUGGAUGUUUGGUCUGGAAGGUAAUAGUAACUUUGGAAGGAUCAGAUGAUAGUUAUGCUCCUAAUAGUAAUGAGAAGGAGAUGUUAAUGUCGUUCAAUCUCCAUGAUGAGAAAUUUCAGUUCAUUCAACUACCAGCUAAAAGUACAACAGACGAGCAUCAGAAGCACUUGCUUGUUGAUUAUCCUCAUCUUGUUGAGUUCAAGGGAUUUCCCUGUAUUGCACGGAUCGAAAAACUAUCAGGAAAUGGUAAUGAUUAUCCUCAUCGUUGCCGUGAUGAUCAUAAAGACAGUAGUAGUUGCUGCUGUUGUUGUAAAGUUCAUUUGUACAUGUUGAAGGAUAAAGUCGAGCAAGCCUGGGUUAAGGAGGAGAGUUUUGAUGUUCGCGUAAAUUCGUCAAGUAAGCUGGCACCAGAUCCAUGCUGUUUUUGCUUAGCUGGUACUGACUACUGAUCGUGAAGAGCGUGAUAUUUUUCGAGCUAAGAUGAAAGAACCGCGGUCCGAUGGUGAUGAUGAUAUUUAUUGCUCAAAUAUGGAUUAUCAGCUGCACUGUCAUGAGGAGAAUUUCCUUUCCCUGGAAACUUUCAUACCAGAUGGAGUGACAGGAAUUGAUGCUUCUGAGUUCUUCAAGUUAGAUUUGGAGAAAUUUGACAGUCCAUGUUCGGCAUAUGCGGUUAUCUACAGAGGUUCAGCGGUGUUUUAUCCUUUUUAGUUAGUACAUACUAACUUGUUUUUGUAAUUGUCAUUUGUUCACUAGAUUAAUUUAGUAGUUAACUUGUAGAGUUGCUGGCAUACUUUGUUGAAGGACAAAGUCAGGCAAGUUUGGGUUGAGGACAAUGAGGAGGAUGGUUUAUGUUCUUAAGAAUAAAUCUACAGUGUCUUGGUAUCUUAUUACAAUUUCCAGGGGUUUUCAGUUGCCGCCAGCCGGAGGUGAUACAAUUAUUAUUGCUUAAGAUGCACGAUAAAGAGACAGUAGUUGAUCUUGAGAGUUUAACCUUACUAAUUGAUCUUUUAGUGAGAUUGGGUUUUGAAUUGCUUCAAGUUUUGCCUACUUUUGUUUUUUCUCCGGUCAUACUCCGACUUGUUUUUCGUCUUGUGUGACUUGUUUUGGGGUUUUUGAUAUAGAAUGUACAGUUGCUUUUGCAAAUUGAUGGAGUACUUAUUUAUAUUUCGUCUUCGGGGAAACAAAACUCUUCAAGAACCAUAUGGACAUGUAGUGCUCGUAUAUUGAGUUGUAGGAUCCGGAGAUCUUCCUCUGGCAUGUAGCAGUGCACAAUUUCAGCUUUGAGAACCGGCUGACAGUAAGGGGCAUCUGAACUUCUGGUCGCCGGGGAGUCGUGAGUGGGCCCACCGGUGGGUCCCGCUGAAGGUUGAAAACAGGAAGCUUAGUCAGCAAAAAGAAAGCCCCGCUUUGGAAGUUGCAAGCCUUUUUUCAAGAACAAAACGGACACAUUGACUCUCUUCGUUAAACUAGAUUUUUCAUCAGAAGUACUACCAGAUCAAUCAAAAAUGUUCAUCUGAUUAAAAUAGGAUCUAUCUUAUUUUUUAAGACUAAUGAAUAACAUUAUGCAAACUCAGUGUGAGGAGUCAUAGAAAUUGAUUUUGAGCUCCAAACAGAUCUAAGAAAGUUAUGAUUCUAAUUCGUUUCAUCCAAUGAUGAUGAUUCGAAUACACAUUGUAUGGGGAACUCAAAGUUUUUGUAGUUCCACGCUACUACUAGGUGAGUUAUUGAACCCAAUCUGAUUUUAACAACUUAUCUUUUUGGUGUUUUGAAUGUGUUGUUGUUCUAAUCCUAAUCCUAAUCCCAAUUCAUUAAUUUCAGUAAUUUAAAAAUUUUCAUCAGCUAAGCCAUUCUUAGUGAGAAGCUGUUAGGACUUUUAUUAUGUGGUCUCAAAUUUUACUUCAAGGACUUUUCUUGGUUUUGUGGACUUUUCUUGGUCGAUUUUAUGGACUUUUCUUGUUAGGACUUUUAUUUUGUGGUCUUGUUUGGUUGGUAAAGAUUGAGGUCGAAACCUGUUCAUCUAAUCAAGAAAAGAAAUUGGGUUUGAUGUCUAUGCAAAGAACAUUUCGCUAACACUUGCAGGAAGCACCGGCUUAGUAAGAGUGAAGACGACAUCUCAAUUACAGUGCUUUAAGUAUUUGUUUCUCAAUAAGUUCAGUAUCUGUCAUUCCUGGCCUGUAACUGGGUUUAUAUAUUGAACGCACCAGCAAAGAACAUUGCCCAUGGCAGUCUAUAGCUCUCUUGAAAUAGCUAAUAAGGACGAUUCCUGCGAGGAGGACGACGGGCGUCCCAAACGAACUGGAACCAUAUGGACAUGUAACGCUCAUAUAAUAACCGGUGUUAUUGGAUCUGGUAUACUUUCACUAGCAUGGAGCACUGCACAGCUAGGAUGGGUUGCAGGGCCAAUUUCUAUGGUUUCUUUUGCAAUUGUCACUUAUGUUUCUGCUUCCCUUCUCUCGGACUGUUACAGGUCCCCUGAUCCUGUAACUGGAAUUCGAAACUACACUUACGUGGAUGCCGUUAACGCCAUUCUAGGUCAAAAGCGUAGCUGGUUGUGUGGUUACCUUCAAUAUCUGAGCAUGUUUGGUGGGUGUGUUGCAUACGUGAUCACUGCCUCUAUCAGUAUUGGAGCAAUUCAUAGAUCGAAUUGCUAUCACAAACAAGGACAUGAGGCUCCAUGUGUAUUUGGAGAUACAUUUUAUAUGCUUCUUUUUGGAGCAAUUCAAGUUGUGUUUUCCCAGAUACCCAAUUUCCAUCACAUGGAAUGGCUCUCCAUAGUGGCCGCUAUCAUGUCGUUCACCUACGCCACAAUUGGAUUUUCUCUCGGCUUUUUCAGAGUAAUCGAGAAUGGAAGUAUUAUGGGGAGCUUAGGAGGAGGGCCCCAAGCCACUACAGCUCAGAAAUUUUGGAAGAUCUGCCAAGCAGUCGGGGACAUUGCUUUUGCUUACCCAUACACGGGAAUCCUUCUUGAGAUACAGGAUACACUGCCAUCACCGCCUGCGGAAAAUAAAACGAUGAAGGAGGCAUCUAAGAUGGCAAUCUCUAUCACCACUUUCUUUUAUCUCUUCUGUGGAUGCUUUGGGUACGCAGCUUUUGGGAACCAAACUCCAGGAAACCUUUUGACAGGGUUUGGGUUCUAUGAGCCUUACUGGCUUAUUGACUUGGCUAAUGUUUGCAUAAUUGUUCAUCUUGUUGGCGGAUACCAGGUGUUCAGUCAGCCCGUCUUUGCAUUUAUAGAAGGAUGGCUAGAAGAGAAGUUUCCUGACAGUGAAUUCAUCAACAAAUCCUACAAUGUCAGGGUCCCUUUCUUCUCAACUCCUCUCCACCUGAACCUUCUCAGGCUGCGCUCUCGAACUCUAUAUGUAGUUUCAACAACAGUAAUUGCAAUGACUUUUCCAUACUUCAACCAAGUUCUGGGAGUAUUAGGUACCAUUUCCUUUUGGCCCUUGACUAUAUAUUUCCCAGUUCAGAUGUACUUUGUGCAGCUCAAGGUCGAGGCGUGGACACGAAAAUGGAUCAUUCUUCAAAUUUUCAGCAUUGUUUGUUUUUUCAUUAGUACAAUUGCCUUAAUCGGUUGUUUUCAAGGUAUUAUAAGUGCAAAACUAGAGUAAGUUAACAGCUCUCAUAUCUGAUAAAACAAGAUGUAAAAAUUCAUUGUAUAAGAAAAGAAAAAAUAAGGAUACCAAU